GAGCUCUGGGCUCCCUUCAGAGAGCUGCGGGGCGGAGCAGAGACAGGGUUCUUCAGGGCGCAAAAAUCUCCACACAACAGCGUUUGGAGUGAGGAGGAAGAAGCAGCCGCGUGUGCGCGCACCAAGCCUGCGGUAAUGCCUCAACCAAGAAGCAUAUCAAGCGGAAGGGGCCACAGUUCUAGCGACGAAGCCAAAGUCUAUGUUGGUAAUCUAGGAACCGGGGCUGGCAAAGGAGAAUUGGAGCGUGCGUUUAGUUACUACGGUCCACUGCGUACAGUUUGGAUUGCUCGCAACCCUCCUGGCUUUGCUUUUGUAGAGUUUGAAGACACACGGGAUGCUGAAGAUGCUGUGCGAGGCUUAGAUGGAAAGGUUAUCUGUGGGUCAAGAGUAAGAGUAGAACUGUCUACAGGCAUGCCACGACGCUCUCGUUAUGACAGACCCCCAGCACGGCGUCCUUUUGAUCCAAGUGAUAGAUGUUAUGAGUGUGGUGAAAAGGGUCACUAUGCUUAUGACUGUCAAAGAUACAGCAGGCGCAGGAGAAGCAGAUCCAGGUCCCGUUCUUACUCAAGAUCCCGGGGAAGGCGUUAUUCUCGUUCAAGAAGCAGAAGCCGUGGAAGGAGGUCUAGGUCUGGAUCCCCUCGUAGAUCAAGAUCUGGCUCUCCUCGUAGGUCAAGAUCUGUCACUCCACGCAGAUCCCGAUCUCCUUCAGUUAAAAGAUCCAGGUCUAGGUCUCGCUCAAGGUCCAGGUCUGUGUCACGCCCUCGAAGCAGAUCAAAGUCACGAUCAGCUUCUCCCAAAAGAAGCCGCUCGCCGUCCCGAAGCCCACGAAGGAGCAUCAGCCCGGAAAGGAAUGGCUAGACACUUUACUUUUUUACAGACUUGCUGUGACAGUCGUUGGUCACAAUUUUCAUUAUUUUUUAUUUUUCAUCUUGGAGUUCUGUGUUUUUAAACAGUCACUUUGGUAGGCUAGCGUACAAUGUAUGUUAUAUCCUGUCAUCUGAAAGUGAAACUUUUGUAUAUUGAAAUUUAAAAGUACUUGUUCAAUGACUGUGACCGUUCAUGACUAGACUUUACUAUCCAAAAAGUGCAGGGAUACUUAAAAGGGUGCAUGAAUGAUAAAACCUGUGUAAUAAAAGCCUGAUGCACAUGGCUCCUUCAGCACUCUUGAGUAAAUGGCUAUAAUGGUCUUGCCAGACAAAGUUGGGCUACCUUAUGUUACAGCUCACAAACUGUAGUAUGGUUCAUCUGCAACAAUUUCUGCAGUCCACCUCAACUUGUUUCAUUCUGUAUUUCCAUUUUGUGACUCUGUUAAGACUUGUUCUGCGCAUCUGAUGUGAGCAGCUUGUAUAAAGACUUUAUUUUUUUUAUUGUUUUUGGAGAUUUAAAACUUCAUAUUUUAGGACUUCAGCAUAUGCAAUGUUCUAAAUAACAACUUUUU